CUUAUAUACAGUUCCACUCUCCUUUUGAUAAAAGCUACAUAGUAACUUAUCUAAGUUUGUCUUAGCUCUCCACGGUCUCUCUGAUUCCAUAAGAUGACGAUUGGCUCGCGUAGAUCUUGACCGAGGAAAUGAUUGGGUGCUUUGAAUCCUAAAGCGGGGUAUUUUCUCUGCUAAGCCUUUGCUCGAAAGCUUCCAGCCCAUUCCUGUAUUCUUUCUCUCGCGAUGCUGACUUCGGUCGUUCUUCUCACCAUUCUUAUCCCCGAAAUCCUAUGAAUUGACGGUGUAAUCAUUCACCGCACCGAGAACAUGGAGGCCCUAGCGACUUUGUCGCUUGUUUGCAAUGUGUUCCAGGUCAUUUCCUUCACUGGCGAGGUCUUUCGACUAGUCCGCAGCUUGCAGAAUGAUGGCAGUCCCGACCCAGGCCUCGCAUCGAGUACCAAGCAUUUGAGCCAAAUGGUUUCUACGCUAACUAAUAACCUCCAUGAAUUCAACGCGUUCCAAUCACCUGACAAAACGCCUUCACAGCAACAAGAAGCCGAGGAGAGGCUGAAGGCACUCACAAUGAUGUUGCUACAAGACACGGAGAAACUCAAAACAAUACUCAAGAAGUUAGCGAGUACAACUUCUCAAGGGAAACCGAAUGCUCCCUCCAAGAAGAUAGGAAACAUAAUUUCCAAAAGACUAUCUAAUGUAUUUUCAGAAGGAAAGACCUUCUCAGUACUUCUGAAGUACAAACUUCGCUACGAAUCCGAAAUCACUAGCUUAGAGAUGAGUAUUGACAGAGUUCAGACUACCUUGAACACAGAAUUUCUGUUAAGAUUAUGUGACUCGCGUGUAGCAGAGAAGGCUCGAUCAGAGAAGGCUUUUGCGGACCUUGACCAAAACCUUCAGAAAUUCAUUCGGCUCUGGUCUGAGGGGUGCAGGGACAUGUCAAUGCUCAUAACGACGGAGGCAGAAAACACGAGGAUGAACUUUAAAGCUGAGGCCUCUAUGUUGAGAAACCAGAUCGACACAAUAGCACAAGCCAGCGAUGCACAUGCGGACGCUCGACACCAUGCAACAAGGAACCACGUCACUUCAGAAUUGCUGAAGAGUAAAAAGCAGGAAGACCGGGCGGAGUUGACAGCCCGCAUUCUCUCUACCCUCCGGUUUCCCCUAAUGAACGCACGUGAGAACAAUAUCAAGCUAGUUUCAGAAGACACAACUAGGUGGAUCUUUGAUCAAAAGAGCUUAGAUUCGAAAGCUGUGGGCGCAAAUUUCCAGUUCUCCCAAUGGCUCGAAGCAGAAGAUCAUGUCUUUUGGAUAUCAGGGAAACCUGGAAGUGGGAAAUCUUCGUUGAUGAAAUUCCUAGUCCUGGAUGCACGUACGAAAGACCAUCUGAGUAAGUGGAGGCCCGAUGUGACAAUAUGCCGAUAUUUUUUCAUAGAGACUGGUGCAGACCUCCUGCAACGGGAGUUUCGAGGCUGUUUACGAGCACUGUUGUACCAAAUCCUGGAAUCCAAACCUCAUAUCCUUGAUCCUCUCUUACAGGAAAACUCGGAGUUAGCAAGAAAGCGCUCAGAGCAUGACUGGUCAGUAGAUGACCUCCGCAAGACUUUUCUGACAGCUUUACGUCUCGCAAACUCCCCGAUAUGUAUCUUCCUCGACGGCCUUGACGAGAUUGCAGUGAGAUCAGACGACCGCCGUUCUAUAAUAGAGUUGGUUAAAGACCUAAGCGAUCUUGAUGACGUGAAGAUUUGCGUGUCCAGUCGACCAGAAAAUAUCUUCAUAGCCGGGCUUGGAUCAUAUCCAGUUUUAAGAACACAGGAUAUGAACGAAUCGGCUAUAGCACUAUACAUCCAGAAGCAUUUGACCCAAUACCAACCGUCUUCACCUACCGGCCUUAUUAAGUACGAGAGGUUGAGUAGGAUUUUGGUGGAGAAGGCGUCCGGAGUAUUUCUCUGGGUGUAUUUGGCGAUUCGAAGUAUUAUCAAUGGUAUAGAAAAUGGAGACACGUGGCACAUCCUCUUCCAACGAGUCGAGGGACUGGAACCCAACCUACAUGCCGUUUUUGAACAGAUGUUGAAAAGGCAAAACGCCGAUGCCCCCUUUUAUAGGAAAGAUACGGCUAUAUUACUAUGGCACUCUCUAUAUGCAGCUACUAUGCCCAUUGGGAUACCAAAUUCUCUGCUUGCGCAUAUCCUCGCUACCCAUGAAGAACUUCGUUGCGACCUACUGCGUUCUGUUGCCGAUGAGCAACGAUCUACUGCAGAGAAACGGGUGUUCGAUGAAUAUCGAAAGUGGCUGUUUGCAAGAAGCGCAGGCUUGCUUGAGAUAAAUGAAUAUCCUUAUGGCCCUAGCCGAGAGCUAGCAGAUUCAUUAUUAGUUCAUUACAUCGUUAGGCCUAUCCAUCGUUCUGUGCAGGAGUUCCUCCUUGCCACCACAGAGGGGCAUGAUAUCCUUCUAUUUAAUCAUACCUCAAGCGAAGAAAGAUUACUACGAAUAACCGGAGCUAUGAAAGACAUCUGCUAUUAUCUCGCAGGUAACCGUUCGCUCUUUGAGGAUUGCGCGGAACUCCUCUAUCAUCUGGUUCGGGCCGGUUAUUUGACACCACAAGAAGAAACUGAAGAGCUUCUAGACUUUAGAAGUCGAUUGCAAUCACGAGCUCCAGAAGAAUUCCCUGAUUCUUUCUUUAUAAAAGAAGCGGCCAGGAGACACAAUGCUGGGUUCCUAUGCAAAGUACCCGGGACUCUUGACAAGUUAUCCCCUGAGGACAAAUCCCUCAUUCUAUCCCAGGCGUGCCAGUUCAAGAUCACGAUUGGUGUAGAAUUUACCGAUCUCAUAACCCUAAAUAAUCGGGAAGCGGAGAGAAAAACGCUUGAAGAUGACUCGGAUGAACGAAUGGCGAAGCGGCUGAGUGAUAUUAUCAGUUUACUUCUGAGUCAUAGUGCGAACCUAAACGAAAGGCUCACGCCACACGAUCUAAACUUUUUAACAAUUUCGAGAACCCCGUUCCAUGACUUUCUAGUUGCCGCUAUUGACAGUGUAGCUAGUCAAAUGUGGCGUGGAACGAUAUACUAUCCUAUAUCAGCCCGCUGUUUCCCAGAUUUCACAAAGUUCGAGAUCGAUUGGAACCUCCCGUUCUAUUUUUGUCCCCUUUUGUAUGGCAUUGGCAGGCAGCAUAGGAUAUUUCGAUUCGAAUAUCUCAGACCAUAUAACACGUUCCCUGAGGGUUGGGAUUGCAUCUUUCAAACAUCUUCGAAGUGGUUGUAUGGCUUCCUCGCCAGAAUCAAUCCAUCCAUUACGCGAGAACAAAGGGAGAUUGAUUUUACGAAUGAGCUAGCCAGUGCCGAUUUCAGUGUUCGAUGUGUUGCGGUAAGGCGAAGAGGGGCAGGUAAAGGGUAUUGUUUUCAACGGCCUGAUCCGAACAAAAGCAAGGAGAAACAGCUAUUUGAAAGCAUCACUAGGAAGGGCUUCUUGGGCUGGCUAUAUGAUAUGCCUGAGAAGUAUAAAGGUAUAAGGGGCUCACUCCCUCAAUAUGUUGAGAUGCUUUCAGAGUAUGAAGAUGUCACGGGUUAGUGAAUAUGAGUUGGUAUGACUUUGGUCCGGAAGAUUCUGUAUCUAUAUUAUACACGUAUGUGAUCAAGUUCCGGAUUCUUUAG